AUGAAACUGCAUCAGCCUGUUGAUGAGGACAGUACCAUUACUCGUCAACUUAAAAGACGAUUGUUCUGGACGACUCGCCAUUUGUUGGCUGUUGUUUCUAUGAUGGUUGGCUUACCUAUGCCCGUUAGUUGUGAGGAUGUAGAUCUGGAGUACCCAGUUGAUGAGGAUGACACCGAUCUGCGUCCCACGGUACCUGUCAGCGGAGCUCGACAAGAUGCUGAGUACUGGAGUCCUACUGUUGCAAGUGUAGCGCUGUUCCAGCUGCAUGAUAUCCUCGGACAUGUAGUGAAGCGGCUAUACCCCUCCAAGGGCGUCAGGAAAACCAAAGGCCAGGGUCCAUUACGCCAUCUAGUCAGCAUCGAUACUGUUCGGGAGCUUGAAGGUGCACUUCGUUCCUGGCUAGAUUCGCUGCCUCCAAGUUACAAGCUCGGCCAAGAGAAACAAGCUCCUCACAUAGAAAGAGCAAAAUAUGAAUUGUGCAUGUCAUACGCGCACGCCCAGAUUUAUCUUUAUCGACCAUUUUUGCAUUACCUGACUGCCUCUUCAGAUGGAGGGUCAGAGGGUGGCUUCCCCGCGUAUGCAUCUGCUUGUGUAGACGCAAGCCAUCUUAUCUUACGUCUUGCCCAGGACAUGCACCGAGAGGGUCUACUUUGCAGCGUGCAGUGGGAUAUUUCAAAUUUAAUUUUGGCUUCUUCCUUGACUAUGCUCUAUCUUAUUCUUGGGAGAAAGGGAGCUAAAUUUGAAGAUCUAGCAGUCGCUCAAUUAGGCACUGCGCGACAUAUUAUGCGGCUACUGGAGCCGUAUUCGAUGCUGGGGAGGAGACUGGGCUUCGCUUUGAAAAUUUUGACAACGACAAUCAUCCCGAGUGCUAGGAAUGAUAUUUCUCAACCAGUUUUACCGAGCUCAUCCGCGCGGAUUCAUGACAACGUAGAGAAUUUGUAUACAACACCAGCUGAGAAGGGAGCACUCAGUGUUGCUUCUGGAAAACCAUCAACCCAAACAGAUAACGCCUCAGUAUUGGGAUUUGCACCGCAAGCAAGAGAACAGGGCACCCAACACCAGCCAACAGACAUACACUCGGAAAGAACACUUGAAUCUCUCGGUCUACAUUUGUCUCAGUUACCUUUUCGCCAGUCUAUUGGCCCCUGUACAACGCCACUACCGGCAGUAUCUGGACCAGAAAUGCUGGACAUGCCUUUCUUGAACAGUAGCAUUUCAGAGAACGAGUCCCUGCAUCCUACAUUUCAGCAAGACUAUCAGAUUAGCGGCGACUUCUUUGGGCCUCUUAUUGAUGGCACCGGGCCUAUAGACUUCAGUGACAUAAUUGGAGAUCUGUUUACUUCUGAAGUCUUUCUUUAG